UAGUGUAGCGAUCCGUUCCUAUUUUGUAGACUAUUAAAUGGAAGAAGACAAGGAACACUGGAGAAGUGUAUUCGAGCCAGCUAAUGUUCAGCGAGUGGUAGCCAGACUAGCCCAGACACAGAGAGAGGAGCAAUGGCCAGAGGAGGCUGAUAGGAAGUGUGCAGCUGUCCUGGUUCCCCUGGUAACUGUGGGAGGAGAACCUUCUGUACUGUUCACUCUGAGAUCCAGAGAGUUGUCUCAUCACAGGAACCAAGUCAGUUUUCCCGGUGGUGUAGUGGAUGAUGGAGAUGGCACGUCCACUGCCACAGCCCUAAGGGAGACGGAGGAGGAGCUGGGGAUUUCCCCUCAGAGUGUGGAGGUGUGGGGGAGACUCCAUCCACUUCCUGGCCGUGGCCGCUCCUCUAUCAUCACUCCAGUGGUUGGUAGAGUGAGGGAGCUGGACUUCACUACACUGAGAGUCAACCCAGCUGAGGUGGAGGAGGUGUUCACGCUGCCCCUGCAUCACCUGGCCAACCCUCGUCACCAAGGGUACACAGAGUUCAGGAUGAGGGGGCGUAGUCUCACCUCGUAUCAUAGCCCCGCCUUUAGAGGAGGUCCCCAUCGGAUAUGGGGGUUUACAGGGUUCAUUCUGGACAUGGUGUUAUUGAGACUGGCCCCCACAGCUGUCAAGUACUCUCCCAUUGUCAGCAGAACACUCACCACCACCAUAGCUAGAACAUUCAAACACUGACUGUGGACACAAUUCUUGAAUCCACACUGUUGGUAUUUGUGGGUGGGGCUGUGGCUUUGUCAAAUUAUUACAUAUGUAUAGUGCAAGUGUUGAA